AUGGUCAAUAAUGAAAAAAUUUCAAAUAAAUUUGUACUUUCUAUCGAUGGUAAAGAAUUAGAUUUUGUUACUGGCAUCCCUUAUAAAAUUUCAAACAAGGAAAUUUACAUAGAUGAUUGGGGUGGCAGUGAUGGUUCAUGUCCUUACCUUUCUUCUGAUGACUAUCCUCCAGUUAAUUCCCAUCAUUCAAGGCAAUUAUGGGUUAUCAAGGGAACGUCACAUCCAAGAGAAUACAAAAUAUUAUCUGGUAGAACUAAUUAUUAUUUGGAUAGUAAGGGAGGUGGUCAUAAUGCGAAACUUUACUUAAAUUCAACUGAUUAUUCUCCAGAAAAUUCUUGUCAUUUAAGGCAGAUAUGGUCUUUUAACUCUAGAAAUGAUUCUUUUAAAGAAUUUCAGAUACAUAAUAAACAGAAUAAUUGUUACUUAGAUACUCGGGGUAAAGGUAGAAGCUCCUGUAUAUAUUUCUGUUCUCAGCUUCCAACAUUACCAUUACUAAAAAUUGCACGUCUCCAAAACACAAAUUUAUGGAAAUUUACCCCUGCUUUUGAUUACAAAUUAAAUGCCGUGAUUAGUAAAUUUGAGUAUAACUUUUCUUUGGACAUAAAAAUACAACAAAUUACUAAAACUAUUCGUGAGGAUUCUCUGGAUAAUCUGGCAUCUUCAGCAAAACUUACUACGGAUAUUAUUUUCCAAGAAGAAUUAACUAACACAUAUAGCUUUAGUUUUAAUGAAUCUCUGGAUUUUAUUUCAGAAACAAAAUUAAAUAGUAUUAUUCCAUUUGCUGGUAUUGAAUUGGAAUUUGAUUUUAAUCAUAGUUUUGAAGCUAAUAAACCAAUCGCAAUCAUAAAGAAAGAAACAUGCACCAUAACCGAAACAGUUGAAGUACCACCUAAAUCAUGUGUGAAAGCUACAGAUUUUGUUGAUUUCAUGGAAAAUAUCGAAAUUUCUUUUGAAGCUACCGCAGAAAUAACGGCCGCAGGUGAUCGUUACAAAAAAGAUGGUACAAUAAUUAAGAAUGCUAAAGUCGAUGCAGAUGCUGUAAAAUUAUUUUUGAAAGAAAAUAAUUUCAAAGGUAAAAUAUUCAAAUCCGAAGGGAAUUCCGUUCUAGCCAAAGUACGGGGUUCAUUCCAUGGUUCAUAUUUCCUAAAGGCUCAUAGAAAAUUAGAAGAUAUAGUUCCCAAGGUUCCUGAAAAUACUGUGUGCAGUGAGAAUUUAGAAAGUACACACAUUUAA